CUAGAUUAAGCCAUACUGUGUCACCGACCCAGUCAACUUGGCGGCGAUCGCCACAGUUUCAUGCAUCACCGACAGAAUAGAGUUAAGAUUUGCCAUGAGGGUGGUCGCUCCCCACCACAUAUUCAGUAACAGAGAAACACAGAUUACGGGACUCGAUGCAAGUAAAAGUGAAUGUAUCCGACAAUAGAAGAUUGAUUGGCUGUGUGGAAUGUGUUUGUUGACGAAAUGACGUUGUGGCAAUGGGUGCAAUGGCCUAAGCAACCUAAAAAGUUACCAGCGGUCAAAACAUAAAAGUUGAGAUCAGCCUGGGUUGUACUCUAAUGGUAGGAAUCAUCUUAGUAGCCUGGAACUGUUUUCCUUGCCAAAUAUACUUUCGAGAUGAGAAUCAAUCUAUUGUCUCUUUGCCUCCUCCCAGGCCUUGAUCUCACACAAGGCCUGCAAUUUCCACUCGGUCGGGCAAAGGCACACAAAGGUCACGCAGACGCGAGCUUGGUUCAAUUUCUCGGGCCUUACCUUGUUGAGACCGGCUCUGUCCAGAAUAUCCAGCUUAAUUUCGCACAGGAGAGCUUUGCAGGCAAGCUCCAUGUCGUCUAUGGGGACUGCAACUUAGAACAAGCAGCCGAUGCAACUCAGAUAGUGGGAAGCUUCGAGGUACAGAGUACGGAACACCCAGAUCGGCUUGUAUGGGUUGUACCCUCUGAUGCACAGGAAUCACAAUGUCUGCUUGCUUUUCACGGAUGUGCUAUGGUUGGCCGGUCGCCGCCUAUCUCUUUGGAACAAGCGCCAGAUCAUCCUAAAGAAGAUUCUCGGAUCGACAAGGACUCUGUAAUCUGGUUCAAUGCGGUCGAAUACACUCGAUCGCGGUUCCACGCCAAGGCGGUGGUGAAUAGCGCUGCAGCGAAGAAUUCCAGUAUCGCCAUCGUGGGCGCAGGCAUCGCGGGGCUUUUGACCAGUCAUUUGCUAAGCUCGGUCGGACUACACAACUGGCAUAUCCACGAGGCCUCCCAGCGUCUAGGGGGGCGAAUCCGAACAGGCUACCUCAAUGGCACCUCACCCGAGGAUUAUCAAUAUUUUGACAUGGGCCCCAUGCGACUACCCACCAAAAUCAGAUACACCGGCACCACCGAGGUCCUGCCGUUUGAAGAUCGCCGACUAGUGAUCAGUCUCAUUGACAAGCUCAAUCGACUCAAUGCCGACCACCACCCGGAGUUAAAGAUGGAGUUCCUUCCUUUCGACGUGAUUACCGAUGAGGAGGACGGGCCGAGCCAUACGCUUAAAGACCUGGAUGAACGCGAUCAACAGAAGUAUACCGAGUUCCUAGCUAACAAGAUGUUUCAGGCUCACAAGGCUGCAUUGGCUGUGGGGAGUACGCACUGGUCUGAAGGCGCAUACCUGCGCCAGCUCCUGAGCCCGAAGGAUCAGAUGAUUAAUUACAUCGCCGACCGGGAAGAUACGCCUAUCUGGGAGAGCCUAUACUGGAACAAGUAUUUCGCGGCCUCAAGCUGGGAAACUCUGGACAAAGGAUUUGAGUCGCUACCCAGAGCAUUCGCGCCUCAUGUAACGGACAAGAUCACGCUGGGCCGUCGAAUCAGCGGGUUGAGCCAUGACGUAUCGACAAACAAAAUCUCUUUAUCAUGGCGCAAUGAUCCGAAGGACCCGGAAAGCAUGGAUGAACAUUACGACUAUGCCGUUGUCGCUGCUCCGUUCAGCAUGGUGCGUGCCUGGGAGUUGCCGGAAUACCCCGAGCUCCUUAGAAGGGCGAUUCAUCAGCUGCAUUUCACGCAAUCAUGUAAAGUUGCUCUGCACUACCGCUCGCGGUUCUGGGAGGACGGCAAGAAUGCGCAAAAUCGAGGCUGCGCCCGUGUGGAGAACUAUCCCGGUAUCGGCGAUAUGUGCUAUCCCCCGUAUCAAGUGAAUAGCACGGGCCCGGCAGUGGUUCUAGCUUCCUUCACUACGGGUAACAUAGCCCGGACGAUGUCUGCGCUGGGAGAGGCAAACCACGUCGCUCUGGCGCAGCGAGGCAUGGUUCGCCUUCAUGGGAAGGUUGCCGAUGAGGAGUUCACCGGUAUGUGGGUUGGAUCUUGGCAUAGAUAUGGAGAUGGCUGAUUUCUGGUCUGAUAGGAGUAUACGAACGGCUGUGCUGGGAAAACGAUGAGUUCACAGGUGGGGCCUGGGCGUCUCCCCUCGGCGAUCAACAAGAGACGUUCGGCUUAUACGCAUGCGUGGCUUUCAUCGGCCGUGGACUCGGCCUUUCGCGGCACGGUGCAGUUGUUGCUGGACCUGGGUCUGGUGGAUGAAGCCAGGGAAAUUGUGGAAACAUGGGGAGCAAGAUGGAUCACAUUGUAAGGGCUGCUUCAAAGUUCAAAGGCUUGAGACUAUGCUGCCUUGAAUGAGGACGCUGG